AUGAGCAUCUGGCGCUUGAUGUCUUGGAAGAUGACCAGUAAUAGUGGUCUUACAUCUGAAUCUCAGUUAACUUGCCUCGUUCGCGAAGUGCUGAAGGCGAAGGAUUUCAGUCUCGACGAUGUGCCUGAUGAUUUCAAUGCUCACACCGAAAUGACACGCUUUGACGCCUCUGAAGCAACACUGGACGCUAAUGGCAUAUUUCAAAGAGAUAGCUGGAGGGAAUCAGUAGCGGAAAUACUAGUACCAACUAGGGAGAGAAAUACAGAUGGCAAUGGGCAACUAUUUACUGUCCCAGGUUUCCAUCACCGGCCACUUGUAGAUGUUAUUCGUGCAGCCUUCUCAGAGGCAUCAUCACGCUGGUUUCACCUCACUCCGUUCAAAUGA